AUGCCAUUAUCGUGUUCCGAUUUUCAGAGGUAUUUGGCUAUAAGGUAUCCUUUGCACUCCAGAGAACUGAGAACACCCAAAAAUGCUGUCAUAGCGAUUUGCUUCAUCUGGGGUCUUUCAUUCGUCUUCUCUGUACCUUAUGUCAGCUACUUCCAGGAGUAUCAGAUUACCAACAUUACUGUCUGUCAUCCCAUCUGGGAAAUGUCACAGCGCAAGAUUAUGGAUCUCUGCACAUUUUUCUUCAGCUAUGUCAUCCCAGUGUUGAUUCUCAGCUUCACCUAUCUAAGGACCAUCCGCUAUCUCUGGACAUCUGUGGAUCCCAUGAAAGUCAUGUCUGAUUCUAAGAAAGGUAAACGCAAAGUCACUCGGAUGAUCAUUAUUGUAACUGUUCUCUUCUGCCUUUGUUGGCUGCCCCACCACUUGGUCAUCCUUUGUUUUUGGUUUGGCUAUUUUCCCUUCAACAAUGCUACCUUUGUGUUCAGGGUCCUGUCUCACAUAAUCUCAUAUGCCAAUUCCUGUGUCAAUCCUAUUGUCUAUGCCCUGGUAUCCAAGCAUUUCCGGAAGGGAUUUAAGAAGAUCUUCAGUUGCCUUCUGCAUAAAAGAGUAACCAACAAAGUUCAUGUAGCACAGGUGACUCACACAGUUAGUACUUUGGAGGCAGACUUGACAGAGGUAAUAGAUGUCAAUGAGCCUGUUCAUAGAGGAGCUUCCACCUGCUGUCACAUCCCAGUUCAGACAUGGAAUGAGGUGGAACAGCUGAGCUAUCAAGAGAAAGCUGCCAAUUCUUUCAUCACUUUCAAUGUUACUUAAGAUAAUUCUUGCAGUAGUGGGUUCCAAUCAAAUAAUAAUUGCUAUAAUUGUUUAAAUUUAAGGAAUUCCCCCACCCACCGCCCAAAAAACCUUUGGAUUUAAAAACCCUAGAAUAGACAGCUGGCUCAACCAGGCUCCAUAUAGUAUAUGCCAUAAUCUAUUGUAAAAGGAUAAAUAACAGUAAUGGUUAUACCGAGGGGUGGACUUAAUUUUUUUUAGCAAGGGAUUCUCUGCCCAGUUGCUGGGUGGGCAUAGCAUGGUGGACAUGGCCUAGUCGGCCUAGUUGCCCUCCCCGGGUUCCGGAGGCUUUCCUCAAGCCUCUGGGAAGAUGAAAACGGAGGUCCUUUGGAGGUCCUUCCCGAACUUCCGGUAGGCUUGUUUUUCACCCUCCCUGAGCCUC